AAAUAAAAUAAAAUUAUUGUCACUGCUACUAAUCUAACCGCUCCAACUCUGGUAACUGAAAUGCCAUGGACAGUGCGGAUUCUGACUUGAUGGAGGCGGACUCCUCGUCGGCGCCGGCGCUUCCACCCGAUCAGGACGACUUCGUCAGAGAUUUGCUCACUAUGGCUCGCCAGCUUAUCGAUCAAAACAUGCCUUCUCAGGCUCUCCAAGCGGUGGUGAUGGCAAUGAGAGCAAGAGAUGGGGAGGGGGCUGUACAUCAAUUGCUUCAUCGUGCUCGGGAGCUAUACAGUAACAAAGUGCAGGCAAGUGCAGCUGCAGAUGAACUGGCUUCUUUGCUUGCUGAGUGUGCAAUUGCCGAGGCCACGCCUCCCAACUCUGAGCCCAAUGAACAUAACACGGCAGAUGAAUCUGUGGAACUAGAGAAGAGUGGGACUUCAAUACUAUCAGAGACUGGAAGGAAACAAGUUAUGUUGGAUGCAUUCUCUGAUGGAAGCAGCUUUAUCUGCUUUCAAUGUGGGGGUCUGGUUAGCGCAAAUAGGAGAGACGAGCACUACUCCUUCUGGUGUUGUAAAAUGUGAAUUCUCUCAUUCUCGAUUGGAAAUGCACCAUCUAUCUAGUUAACUACUCCACUCUGUAACCAUCACAGGUGGUUCAUUGAUGGUGCUCCUAAGUCCUACCCCAUUCAACUUCGAAGUGCAACAAAUUUUCUAUUCAGCAGCAGAAUCUGAUCUGAAACUCUGAAAGCAACGUUAUUAGCAUCUGAGGUUGUGGCUAAUAUCAUGCAGUUAGAGAGUGAGUGUCAAGAAUAUAAUGCAUCCUCUGGUAUUGUAAUCAAUAACACUAUUUUUUGCUCCUUAUUGUUGUCAUAGAAUAAUUGCUGGUCAGUUUGCCGCAUCGAAUGUACAAUGAUAAAUCAUUACCAGUUCUGAGGAUUCAGUUUUCUUUGCUCUGUUUCCUCUUUAUCUGAAUAGAAUGUCAUUUUAUGGA